AUGAGAACCACGGAAGAGCAUUUCGGAAUAAUCCUCGAUUAUAGCGAGCAACAUAGCGAGCUCAUAACGAAUAAAUUUGUCGGAGCCAGGGGCAAAGAAAAUUUGCACCGACAGUGGCAAGAGUUGGUGGACGUUUUGAAUGCCCUGCAGACUGAGACGAGGACAGUAAAACAAUGGAAACAGGUUGUCGCAGACUGGAAAUGCCGGGUAAAGAAGCAGUAUGCUGAAUUAAAGAAAGACUUCACAGCUGGAGGUGGGGCUCCGGUGAUGGAAAACCUCACAGAUCAGGAGAUGCGCCUCCUAAAUAUAAUGGGCAUGACUGCAGCAGAUGGGGACGAAGGGCUACAGGAAUACGGCUUGGAAUUUGAAGUAUGUUCGUAAAGAAAUACUUAUUUUUUACUUUUUCACCUACUAUAAUUUGAUAAACAUUCACUUUCUUUCUCUGUACGUACGUCUGUCUGUCUUCCUUUCUCUCUACUUUUCCUUCUAUAAUUUCAAUACUUAUUUAUUUUAAUUCAAGUAAACAAUAGAUGUUUUUUAGUAA